AUGAAAAGCCAAGGAGGGAAUAAUCACUCUGAUUCUGUGAAAGAAUUCAUUCUUCUUGGAUUCCCAUGUGCCUGGAAAAUUCAGAUUCUCCUCUUCUCUCUCUUCUCUGUGACCUAUGUCCUGACACUCCUUGGGAACCUGUGCAUCAUCUGUGCAGUGUGGUGGGACAACCGUCUCCAUACCCCCAUGUAUAUCCUUCUAGGGAAUUUUUCAUUCUUGGAGAUCUGGUAUGUCACCUCCACUGUCCCCAACAUGCUAGCCAACUUUCUAUCUGACACCAACAUCAUCUCCUUCUCUGGCUGCUUUCUCCAGUUUUACUUCUUCUUUUCCAUGGGCACCACUGAGACCUUCCUUUUGUCUGCCAUGGCCUUUGACAGGUACCUUGCCAUCUGUAGACCCCUGCACUACCCUAUCAUCAUGACUGUUCAACGCUGCAUUAGAAUAGGAUUCUGCUGCUGGUUGUGUGGCUUCUCCUGUUUCCUUUUCCCAGUUUAUCUCAUCUCCCAGCUCCCUUUUUGUGGCCCCAAUACUAUCGAUCACUUUCUGUGUGACCCAGGACCCCUUCUGAAGCUGUCCUGUGUGCCAGCUCCUGCCACCGAGAUCACCUGUGCCAUCUUUAACUCUGUUCUCAUUUUCUCCACCUUCCUCUUCAUUACCAGCUCCUACACCCUGGUGAUCAGAGCUGUGUUGAGGGUCCCUUCAGCAGCAGGGCGGCAGAAAGCCUUCUCCACCUGCGGCUCCCAUCUGGCCGUGGUGUCCCUGUUCUAUGGCUCCAUCAUGGUGAUGUAUGUGAGCCCUACAGCAGGCAAUCCAUCAGGGAUUCAGAAAAUUGUGACUUUAUUUUAUUCUGUGAUAACUCCUUUUUUCAAUCCUUUGAUCUACAGCCUCCGGAACAAGGAGAUGAAGGAGGCCCUGAGAAAACUAUGUAGGAUUAUGAGAUUUGGUCCAAGACAGCCUCUCAAGAACUAG